GAAUUUAGCGAACACGGACGAGUUUCCCGAGAAUUUCCGACGAAUGGGCUGAUAGCAUUACGAAAAUCUUGGCCGCAGUUCGCGUACACACCGCAAGAGAGUCAGUAGUUCCAACAGAAAUCAGUGCGGAGAACAAGGAAGACCACGUACGGGGUAUGCUGCAGAUUGUUCAACCUGCAGCAUCUUCCCUGCUGGUCAUGAGGGUUGAGAAACUUGAUACUGGGAGAACGCAUCGACCAAUCAGGCUUAGUCGCUUAUCAUUAUCUUGGCUCUGAUUGCCCUCAAGCAAACAAUUCUUCUGGCAUUUCUUCCAGACUCGUUGCAGUCUUCCAUACCCCGCGGAGAUGUGAUGGACCGCGGAGAUAGAGCCCAAUUAUCGGCCUCCCAGAGAAAAUUUUACCAAAUAUCCACAGUCCCGGUGUUCAUCUUCGGCCGGUGACCAGGAACCAAAAGAGUUAACCUAAAAAGAAGAACGAAAAAUGGCAACACGUUGUCCAGGGGCAUGCGCUCAUCUGUGGUAUAAAUACCAUGGCCGAGACUAACGUUCGCAGGAGGGGUAGCCCUAAGUUACUGAACGUCACAUCUCACCCCUCAUCUGUUUAAUCAGUCCUGCAGACCAAUCCCUUCACCAUGCCGCUCUCCCCCGAACAAAUCCAGCUCAUCAAGGCCACCGUGCCCGUCCUCCAGCAACAUGGCGCCAACAUUACUACCGUGUUCUACGACAACAUGCUAACGGCUCACCCCGAGUUGAACGCCGUCUUCAACAAUGCCAACAAGACGAACGGUCAUCAGCCCCGUGCCCUGGCCGGAGCCCUCUUUGCCUACGCGUCACAUAUCGAUGACCUAGGGGCCCUGGGUCCCGCCGUCGAAUUGAUCUGCAACAAGCACGCAUCGCUGUAUAUCCAACCCGACCAAUACCAAAUCGUGGGCAAGUUCCUGUUGGAGGCCAUGGGCCAGGUCCUCGGCGAUGCGCUGACCCCCGAGAUCCUCGAUGCCUGGGCCGCCGCAUACUGGCAACUCGCCGACCUGAUGAUCGGUCGCGAGGCCGAAUUGUACAAGCAGGCCGACGGCUGGACCGAAUUCCGCGACUUCCGUAUCGCCAAGAAGGUCCCCGAGUCCUCAGAGAUCACCUCGUUCUACCUCGAGCCCGUCGAUGGCAAGCCCCUCCCCAAGUUCCGCCCCGGCCAGUAUAUCUCCGUGCAGGUUUUCGUGGACUCGCUCAAGUUCCCCCAAUGCCGUCAAUACUCCCUGAGUGACGCUCCACGGGAGGACUACUACCGGAUCAGUGUCAAGAGGGAGGCAGGCCUCAACACCGCCGACGCCAACGCUCCGUCUCACCCCGGAUACGUGUCCAACAUCCUCCAUGCCAAGAUCAACGAAGGCGAUGUCGUCAAGGUCUCCCACCCCUUCGGUGACUUCUAUCUUUCGGACGCCGAGAGCCCCAACCCCAUUGUUCUCAUCGCCGCCGGCGUGGGUCUCACCCCGCUCACCUCCAUCCUGAAGACCCUCACCUCGAACCCCCCAGAUGCCCCCCAGCGCAAGAUUCACUUCAUCCACGGUGCUCGUUCGGCCGCUGCUCGUGCCUUUAAGAAAGAUAUUGACUCCCUGGCGGAGAAGUACCAGGACCUGCACGCUACAUUCUUCGAAACUCACCCCGGUGCUGAGGAGAAGCAGGGCGAGGACUACGACCACCAGGGCCGUGUUGACCUUUCCAAGCUGGACAAGUCCAAGGAUCUAUUCCUCGACGAUCCCAAGACGGAAUACUAUGUCUGCGGUCCGGACCGUUUCAUGACCUCCACGCGUGCUGCGUUGGCCGCUGCGGGUGUCAGCGAGGAUCGCAUCAAGCUGGAGCUCUUUGGUACCGGCGGUGUGCCUGUUUAGUUUGAUUUCUUUUUCUGUUUUUCUAGAUAUAGACCAUACCUAGACUACCUGUCUAUAGUUUAGAUUCUCCUCUCUUGCCGUUAUG